AUGCCGUCCGUGCUCGCCAAGGCGCGCAAGUCCAAGGACGACGCUUCAACAGCGCGGAAGCGAGCGCAGUCGCGGGCGUCGACGCAGCGCUGGCGGCAGAGCCAGCAGCAAUCCGUGGCCGUGAUGCGUCGACAAGUGGCCGAGCUCGAGGCGGCCCUCGCCGCCAAGCUCUUUCACGAUCGAGACGCGGUGCUUCCGCCGGCGAUGGAGCAGCUGAUGGCGGCAAAGAAGUACUACGUGCACGAGAACAUGCAGCUGCGCGCGGCUCUGCAAAAGUAUCAAGCGCUCCUGAACCAGACGCUCCUUCCGCUCCUGCGCACGGUACAGCCCCUCGUCCUCGACGAUGCAUUUGUCCGCAGCGAGAUUCGCCGUGCAAAACUGCAGCUGGACGCGCUCGAGUUGCGCACAGGGUCGCACCUUGCGGGGCGACAGCUCCAUGGCUGGAGCUGUGUGACCCACACACACAGCGACGCGGUCGUCUAUGAUAUCCAGAAGCGUUUCCAGCAUGUUUCACUUCACGUCAUUUCCAACCACAUCUGGCACGUCUACCAAGACUCGGCGGCGUAUGUCCAGCUUGCCGACUUGAUCUUAGACCACGAGGUUCUGCGAAGGAUCGGCGACAAUGUGCUCGUCUUGCGCAUCUCGACGUGGCUCCCGUCGCUCCAGCGAGCGAUUCCCAUGUACCUCGUGCUGUACCGCGAGAUCGCACCAUCGUCGUACUCGCUCUACGUGGCGACGCUGCGCCCCGACUUGACGCCGAGCCCCCAUACGUUUGCGUUCCUCGGCGUCGCGUCGCUGGACGGCUAUCGCGGAAGCAUGGACCUGCCGACGCGUGCGCUCAUGCGCGCCAACUACGACUCGUUCGACGUGCAUGCGACGCUGGGCACGGGCACGUUUGGCCGCGUCCGGCUCGUAAAGCACAAGGAGAACAACACGUACUAUGCGCUCAAGAUCCUCAAGAAGUGCGAGAUCGUGCGGCUGCAGCAGCUCCACCACAUCAAGUGCGAAGUCGACAUCCUCAGCAAGAUUGACCACCCGUUCAUCGUCAACUUUAUCGGCUCGUUCCAGGACGAGAAGCGAUUGUACCUCAUCCUCGAGUAUGUGCCCGGCGGCGAGCUCUUUUCGUACUUGCGCCGCCAAGGCAAGCUCUCGGACGAAGCGUCGCGCUACUACACGUCGCAGCUCGUGCUGGCGAUCGGGUACCUCCACAGCCUCCACAUUAUUUACCGCGACUUGAAGCCCGAGAACCUCCUCAUCACGCAAGACGGCAGUAUCAAGAUCACGGACUUUGGGUUUGCAAAGCGCGUCGAGGACAAGACGUGGACACUCUGCGGCACGCCCGAGUACCUCGCGCCCGAGAUCAUUCAGAGCAAGGGCCACGGCAAGUCGGUCGACUGGUGGGCCAUCGGCGUCUUGAUAUACGAAAUGCUGGCAGGGUACCCGCCGUUCUACGACGAGAACCCGUUUGGCAUCUACCAAAAGAUCCUCACGGGCAAAGUCGAGUACCCGAAAUACAUUGACAGCAAGGCCAAGGACCUGAUAAAGAAGCUCUUGACGCACGAUCGGACAAAGCGACUCGGAUGCCUGCGCAAUGGCGCCGAGGACGUCAAGAAGCACAAGUACUUUGCCAACGUCAUUUGGGACAAUGUGAUUGCAAAGAAGGACAACCCGCCCUACUUGCCGCCGAUCCAGGGGCCCGGCGACCACGGCAACUUUGACCAGUACCCCGAGUCAACGGAAGACACGGCCGUGGCGCUCACGGGCGACGACAAGGCCGCGUUCGACGCGUUCAACAUGUUUUAA